AAAAGCGGAGACUUGGUGUGUAGCAACAGGUCGUCCAAGACCUCGAGUGAUGAUGACAGAAAAAGAAUAAAAUAUACGACUGGUGGUUUUGGGUUGACGACUGCGCGCCAGGUUGAAGCUGUUGCACCGCCCAGCUGCUGGUGUAGUAGACGAGUCUGUUGGCUGCCUCUCUCCUCCUCCCUAUUUGGCCAGCAGUUUGCUCUCGCAUUCAUCCCGCAGUUCACAGUGCUACGAACCUUGACAGAGUGAUCGCGGCUGUUGAUCGCUCUCAUGUUCUCCCGCUCUCAUCCGCCGACCAGGAUUAUUAGAUCUAUUCAGCAGCGUUGAAAAUUCCAACCAGCUAGAAAAUGUCCUACUCGUUCCGUCACGGUGGUAAGAAUCAAUCGUCGUCAUCAUCUUCUACUUCAACUUCUACGAGCGGAGGUCACCAACGAAUUGCUUACGGCAGUCGAUCGACCAGCACGGGAACGCCGCCGCAAACGCCAACCAUUCGCGUGACAUCUCCCGUGCCGGACGUCGUCGGAAUGAUUGACAUUUGGGAUCCGGAAGUUGUCGAAGAUGAGCCGCCACCGCCGUCGUCGUCGUCGACCACUUCUCCCAAGGCCUACAGUUUCCGCUACAAAGAGGAGAAACAGCACAAGCAGCGCAAACAUCACGCGACGGAGACUAACAAAACCAAUUUCUCCGAUUCCGCCAUGCAAGCCGAUCCUGUUGAAUUGAUGGAAUCGCCGUCCAGCACAGCACAACAACCACCGGUAGCAGCAGCACAACCGGCGAUCGAAGCGACAAUCAUUUACGUCAAUCAAAUCGGUGACGCCCUCAGUCCCAUUGACGACGACGGGCUCAAAACGGCCGGUGAGUCGGAAGAAUCUUCCGACUGCGAAGAAAUCAGUCAGAUCAGUGCCGUCACUCAGAUUCCGCGUGGCGAGUCCAGCCAGAAUCAGCAGGAGCCAUCGCCACAAGUUGCCGAGGAACCGGCUGAUCCGUUGAUCCUGAUAACAGAUCCAGCAGCGAUCCUGCCGGAAGAAAAGACUCUUCCGGUGGUGGCCAGUCACUCGCCUCAACGCAUCAUCUGGGAGGAGAUAAACUCGCCAUCAUCAGAGGCCGGUAAACCGGUAAAACGCGUUCAAUUCAGUCGAUCCUUAAGUCUGGUGCCAGGAUCCAGCGCAGCUCAACAGACGGCAUCCGUCGAAGGCGCCGACCAGCGCGGCGGCGGAGUCGGAAUUAUCCGACCCGGUGCCGGAAGGCGAUAUUCCAGUUUGGAUUCGGGCAGCAACCCGGUGAGUAGCCACGACAUUUUCCCGUCGAUGCUCACCUUUAUCGGUGAACAGCAUCACCACCAACCAUCAGGAGUGAUUUCCGAUCGGAAAAUGUUGAGUCCGACUCCGGAAUCGGCCCUGGAGAGCGCCCAGUCGCCUCAACAGGAGAGCGAGUCGAUCGUGGCGGCCAAGAUGGACCAAGACGAGCUGAACGAAUUACAAUCGAGAGCCGACGAGCCCGACGGCACAAUGACGACGUUAUCAGUGACUGUCGAGGAGGUGGGUGUUGAAGGGAUGACGAAUCAGCACGAUCCGACUUGCGAUCUCUUCGACCGGCUAAACGCUUUGAAAAACGACGAGGAACUCAUGGAUUUGGCGACGGGAUUCGUUCUCCAGUUGCUCCGCUCAGCUCAAGAAGAGACGCUCAGACGCGGUCACGUAGCCAGCAAGGUAUCGACAUUUCAAAUGGAGCAGAAGAGCAAAUUAAGUCUCGAAUUGCAACAUGUCGCCGUUCCGAAAGGGAGACACAACCGAAAAUGGUACAGCCGACUGCGAAUGCUUUUAUUACGGACUUUGACCUGCACUUGCGUACCGACUCACCCCAACAUCCAAUCACCUUUGUCCAACUAAUCCCUGAGCAGCGCUGGGGGAGAAAAAGAAAAGAAAAACAAUGUGGUUGUUUGCUGCUGAUGGGAGUUUGACAAUGUUCAGCGGUCGAUAUUAUAGAAGAGGAGCUCACAUGGCCGCGCACGUCUUAAAUGUAACAUGUAUAACCCUUUGCGGAUUACCCGAUCAAUUAUCAAUCAAGAUUAUUAACUACUUAUAAUAGAACACCCUGCCCCGGAACACUUUAAUUUUAAAUUAUCAUUUCAAAACUAUUAUAUAUCCCUACCGUUUAAUUCUAUACCAUUUAUACGUGAAUCGAGAAUUGAUGUCUGCAUAUAUCAUGUCGUUAUUGUGUUGAUGAUGGCCAGAAAAUAAAAUAAAAAGAAUACAAAUUA